UCAGGGGAAGGGGCGGUUGGCGGGGCCUCCAUUGUUCAAGACUGUGGGAACCAUGAGGGGCGAUAGAGGCCGUGGUCGUGGAGGGCGCUUUGGCUCCAGGGGAGGACCAGGAGGAGGGUUCAGGCCAUUCGUGCCACAUAUCCCAUUUGAUUUCCAUGUGUGUGAAAUGGCCUUCCCUCGAGUCAAACCUGCACCUGAUGAAACCACUUUCAGUGAGGCAUUGCUAAAGAGGAAUCAGGACCUUGCUCCCAACUCUGCUGAACAGGCAUCCAUCCUUUCUCUGGUAACAAAAAUCAACAAUGUGAUUGACAACCUGAUUGUGGCUCCAGGAACCUUUGAGGUGCAAAUUGAAGAAGUCCGGCAAGUGGGAUCUUACAAGAAAGGGACAAUGACCACAGGUCAUAAUGUAGCUGAUCUGGUAGUGAUUCUGAAGAUCCUACCAACAUUGGAAGCUGUUGCAGCCUUGGGGAACAAAGUGGUGGAAAGUCUCCGAGCACAGGAUCCUGCAGAAGUUUUGACUAUGCUGACCAAUGAAACUGGCUUUGAGAUCAGCUCUGCUGAUGCCACAGUGAAGAUUCUCAUUACAACAGUGCCACCUAAUUUUCGGAAGCUGGACCCGGAACUACACUUGGACAUCAAGGUUCUGCAGAGUGCUUUGGCAGCCAUUUGGCAUGCUCGUUGGUUCGAAGAGAAUGCUUCUCAGUCUACAGUGAAAGUUCUCAUCCAUCUACUGAAGGACUUGAGGAUUCGGUUCCCUGGCUUUGAACCUCUCACACCUUGGAUCCUUGACCUUUUGGGCCACUAUGCUGUGAUGAACAACCCUACUAGGCAGCCCCUAGCCCUCAAUGUGGCUUACAGGCGAUGCCUUCAGAUUUUAGCUGCUGGGUUGUUUCUUCCUGGUUCAGUAGGAAUUACCGAUCCCUGUGAAAGUGGUAACUUCCAGGUACACACAGUCAUGACCCUGGAACAACAGAACAUGGUAUGCUAUACGGCUCAGACAUUGGUUCGGAUCCUGUCACAUGGAGGAUACAGGAAGAUCCUUGGCCAGGAGGGUGAUGCCAGUUAUCUUGCCUCAGAAAUGUCUACCUGGGAUGGGGUGAUAGUGACACCUUCUGAAAAGGCUUAUGAAAAGCCUCCAGAAAAGAAGGAAGGUGAGGAAGAAGAGGAGAAUGCAGAGGAGCCACCUCAAGGAGAAGAAGAAGAGAGCAUGGAGACCCAAGAGUGAUCCCUUCUGGUUCUUUCUUGGCUGCCAAAGGCAACAGGCAUCCAUUGUGGAGCCUGAGUGAUGGCAUGUGUGAAGGUGAGGGGAUCGUGGGAAGAGAAGCU